AUGUCACAACAAGCCCGCCCGAUACCCGACAUCGUGGUCACCGAUGUUUCGGCCUCAGAAGACGGCGCUGCGUCGAAUACGCUUUUGAGCUACACCCGAUGCGAGACGGAAGAGAAGUUUAACGAGGAGGUGGAAACAAUCAUGACAAUGUCGUGGGGAUUGGAUGCCGACACGGCCCGUGAGGCCCUAGAGCCGCUGAAGGAGAAUCUGUUUGCUUCCGCAGAUGAUACUUACUUGGAUCAGUGGCACUUUUAUGGCUGUAAGGAACUUCCAAAAUCCGGUAAAGAAGAUUUGAACGGCUUGAGUCUGCUUUUGACCGAGCGUGAAGACGGUCAGGGUGGUAUAAGCACCUUUGACGCUUACUGGAGCGACAAGGAAGGAGACAAGACCUGGGUGGUCCCGUCCUUUGGUCCCAUUCAAGGAAAGCUCAGCAGCGAUCAGAAUGACGACUCUCGAGGCACUGCACCUGCAACUACGGUGCACGAUGAACCCGAGAAACCCAAUUAG